CCGUAAUUCCAGACCCCCUCCCCAAUUCCCGACGCCCCCCCCUAAAUUUCCCCCUCCAUUCCUGAGCCCUCCCGAUUUUCUUCCCGAAUUCCUGAGCACCCCCCCAAAUUCCUGAGACCCCCCCAAAUUCCUGAGACCCCCCCCAAAUUCCUGAUCCCCCCAAUUCCUGAUCCCCAAAUUCCUGAGACCCCUCCCCAAUUCCUGAGCCUCCCCCAGUUCCCGAUGCUGUUCCGGGCUCUCUCCCGGGGGUCCCUGCGGGGGUUCCGUCCCUCGGGGGGGCCCCAGCGGGGGCUCGGCCCUGACCCCCCCCGGGACCCCUCCCCAAAACCGGCCCGGGACCCCCCUGGGGAGCGGGACGCCCCCCGGGACCAGGGCGGCGGAAGGCGCCGGGAGCACCCCGUGCCCGUGAGCCGGGUGGGGCGGGCUGCGGCCAUGGGAGGGCUGGCUCUGGAAUUGGGUCUGGGGGCUCUGGCCGAGGCCGCCCGGACACGGCUGCGGGGGCAGGAGCGGCCCCGGGGUCCGGGCUCCCCCCCCCUCCUGUCCGAAGCCACUGCCGAGCGUUUGGUGGCCGCGCUGAGCCGGGCCCGGGGGGCAGCUCUGAAACUGGGCCAGUUCCUCAGCAUGGCAGACUCGUCGGUGCUGACCCCGCAGCUGCAGCGGAUCCUGGCGCGGCUCCGGCAGAGCGCAGAGCCCAUGCCUGGCUGGCAGAGCCGGGCUGUGCUGGAGGCUGAGCUGGGUCCUGGCUGGCAGGAGCAGCUCCAGGAGUUCCAGAACGUUCCGGUGGCCGCAGCGUCCCUGGGCCAGGUCCAUCGGGGGCGGCUCCGCGACGGCACGGAGGUGGCUCUGAAAAUACAGUACCCCGGCGUCGCGCGCAGCAUCGGCAGUGACAUCGAAAAUCUGCUGACCCUGCUGAGCUUGAGCCCUGGGCUGCCCAAAGGCCUGUUCGCGGGUCCCUCGCUGCGCUCGCUGCAGCGUGAGCUGGAGCUGGAGUGCGACUACAGGAGGGAGGCUCAGAGCACUCAGCGAUUCCGGUCCCUUUUGGGGUCCGACCCGUUUUUCCGAGUGCCGCGGGUGCUGCCCCAGCUCAGCUCCCGCCGGGUGCUCUGCACAGAGUGGGGGAGGGGCGGGGCCCUGGAGCAGUGCCGGGAGCUCCCCCAGGAGCGGCGGGACCAGAUCUGCUCAGAGCUGCUCCGGCUCUGCCUCCUGGAGCUGUUCCAGUUCCGCUUCAUGCAGACAGACCCAAACUGGGCCAACUUCCUGUACGAGCCACAAUCAAACACGGUGACGCUGUUGGAUUUUGGGGCGUGUCGGGAAUUCGAGCGGGAAUUCACCGACCUGUACAUUGAGGUGAUCAAGGCUGCAGCUGAGCGGGAUGAGCAGAAAAUCCUCAGCAAAUCCCAGGAGCUGAAAUUCCUGACGGGCUUUGAGUCCCCGGCUCUGCAGUCCCUGCAUGUCCAGGCUGUGCUGCUGCUGGGGGAGCCCUUUUGGGGGGCGCAGCCGUUCGAUUUCGGGGCGCAGGGCACAGCCCGGGGAGUGCGGGGGCUGCUCCCCCAAAUGCUGCGGGGCCGCCUGGUGCCCCCCCCCGAGCCCAGCUACGCCCUGCACCGAAAAUUGGGGGGGCUCUUCCUGGCCUGUGCCCACCUCAGGGGGCGUGUGCGCUGCAGGGAGCUCUUCCAGCAGGUCUACGAGGAGUACUGGCACCCCAAAAACAGAGAGAGCACCCUAAAAAACCCAGAGCAUCCCCAGGACACACCAAAAACCGAUCUGGGAUCGAGUGUGGAGACCCCUCCCCAAUAAAGGAGAUUUCAUACCAAAA